GAUGACCCAUUUUUUGGUUUCAAUAAUGGUGGCUGGCUGAGCAAGCCUGCCCGUGCUCUUGCUGACCACGCUACCCGUGCGGGUGUCUUCGGGUAUGCUCCAGCAGCCCUUUCGCUACCGCCUCUCCCAAGGCUGCCUGAUCCUGGUGUCCCGCCUGAGGGAAUUCCUAAAUAUGACAUUGUAAUUGCCGGUCUGGCCCUAUAGGAGCCACAUAUGCUCGCCUGCUCGUCGAAGCAGGGUUCAAUGUGGCUAUGUUUGAUGUUGGGGAAAUCGACUCUGGUCCCAAGCGUGGGUCCCACAAGAAGAAUGCUAUUGAGUACCAGAAGAACAUCGACAAAUUUGUCCACGUCAUUCAGGGCCAACUGAUGCCCGUAUCGGUGCCCAUAAAUAAGCUUGUUGCCGACACCCUCAGCCCGAGUAGCUGGCAAGCAUCGAGGCACUUUGUGCGCAAUGCCUCCAACCCAGAGCAGAAUCCUUUCCGUAACUUAGGUGGACAGGCUGUCACGCGUGUUGUCGGUGGCAUGUCUACCCAUUGGACCUGUGCGACACCACGGUUCCACAGAAUGGAGCGUCCUAAGCUAGUGAGGGACGAUAACGCCGCAGAUGACGAAGAAUGGAACCGCCUCUACCGCGAGGCCGAACAAUUCAUCGCGACCGGACAUUCGCAGUUCGAGCGGUCGAUCCGACACACACUCGUGCUCGAAACCCUUCGGGACUCGUACAACGGGACACGCGCGUUCGAGCAGAUCCCUCUCGCCGCUACGCGCACGGACCCCGACAGCCAAUUCAUUCAAUGGAGCUCUGCGCACACGGUCUUCGACCUCGAGGACCGACCGAACACGACGCACCCUGGCGAGCGGUUCAACCUCUUUCCUGGCGUCAAGUGCACGCAGGUUAUUCGCAACAGCGAGAAUACUGCGAUAAAGUCGAUAAGGGUCCAGGACGUCACUGCGCCCAACAGCGCCCCCGUAGAGAUCAGCGCUGAUGUAUUCAUCCUCGUCACAGGAGCUGUGCAUAACCCUCAGAUCCUCGUUAACUCAGGUUUCGGCAAGCUCGGGCGUCCCGAUGCCUCGGAUGCCAAUGAGGGGGUUCUGCUGCCCUUCCUCGGGAGCUUCAUCACCGAGCAGACGCUGGCGUUCUGCCAAACGGUGCUCAGCAAGGAGCUCGUGAACAACGUCAAGGCAGACAUGCGCGUUUCGGGCACUCCUGGCCAACCCGAUUACAAAGUUGAAUGGACUUCGGGUGACCCGGCCAACAAGCAUCCGGACUGGUGGAAUGAGAAGGUAUGGAAGCAUAUGAUGGAGCACCAGGAGGAUCCGCUACCUAUUCCGCUUCAUGAUCCCGAGCCCCAGGUCACCACCCUCUUCGAGGAUAGUCACCCAUGGCAUACUCAGAUUCAUCGUGACGCCUUCAGCUACGGUGCUGUCGCGGAGAGUAUUGACACCCGACUCGUCGUCGACUGGCGCUUCUUCGGGCGCACGGAACCAAAGGAGGAGAACAAGCUUUGGUUCUCGAAGCAGAUAACGGACCAGUACGGUAUGCCCCAGCCAACGUUUGACUUCCGCUUCCCCGAUGGAAUUACGAGCCAGGACGCGGACCGCAUGAUGACUGAUAUGUGCGAGAUGUCCUCGAAGAUCGGUGGAUUCCUCCCGGGCUCGAACCCGCAGUGGAUGGAGCCCGGCCUCGUCCUUCACCUUGGUGGGACGCACCGCAUGGGAUUUGAUGAGCAGGAAGACAAGUGUUGUGUCGAUACCGAUUCGAAAGUCUUCGGCUUCGAGAACCUCUUCCUCGGCGGUUGCGGUAACAUCGGGACGGCGUAUGCCUCCAAUCCGACGCUCACUGCAAUGGCGAUGGCGAUUAAGAGCUGUGAAUACAUCAAAAAGAACUUCAAGCCGAGUGAGAUCGGUUCCAGUGAUAAUCGAGCUUGGAUUCGAGGAGCCGCAUAG